AUGGCGGAUUUACAACUCAUACUCAAAGCGAUCAGAGACUUUUUUGAUGAAACGCCCGUCGAAGAAUGGUCAUAUAUUCAUUUUUUAGAAACAUUCAAACCCGUUAUUAUAUUGAAUUUAGAUAUCCCGAUACGAGAUGAAAAGGCCACGUGGAGGAAGAGAUUUAUAAAACGUUUAGAAAAGAUCGCUGACGAUGACGCGUAUAAUAAACGUCAGAGAAAUAAGGCGAUUCGUUUGAAAGAAAAGUUACUGUCGAUGUCGUAUAACCAAAGGACGGUUCCGCUCCCUCCUGAGGAUCCGCAAUCCGCAGACCUCUUUUGGAAGAAUAUUGAAAAAGAGAAGGAAAUUAUUCGUAGAAGGCAGGAGGUGGAGAACGAUACAGAAUUAAUCCGCAAUAAUACAGAAAAAGAUGCAUUAAAGCUCUUAGAAACAGCACGCACUGAACAAACAAAAAAAAUAUUGAAUUCAUUAAAACGGAAAUCUGAGGAUAAAUCGAGUGCAAAAAAACGAUACAAAUUACCUGGGAGCGAUUCUGAAUAUUAUAAAUGUAGUGAUUCAGGAGAAAGUGAUGCAGAAUCGAUAAAUGAAGUACAUGAUGAUGAGGAGAUAAAAAACCUUUCACAGGAUGAGAUGGAUAUUCGGAACAAAUUACUCAAAAUUCUUACAGCAAAUAAAGAAAAGGACAAAAAAGCUGGGAAAGAUUUUAUGAAAUCAAUAUUUCUCAAUAAUAUUUUAGAUCUAUCGGAUGACGAAACAUACAAGCAGAUUAAAAAGUCCCUAAGUAAAGAUCAAUCUAGUUGGCUCGAAGGAGUUCUUCAGAAGAAAACAUGGAAACCAACUCCCGAGUAUACACAAUAUAUUAAUCAAUUCACAGAAGAAGCAUGUACUCGAAAUGAGAUCCCUACUAUUGCUUAUAGGUCUUUUGUAUCCCUAAGAUUUGAUCCUUAUUACCACGAAGCACAUGACAUUGCCCAGCACAUACUAACACAUUUUUCAAUACGGCUAGAAGCACCAACGAGAGUUGAAUAUAAAGGUUUCAAUUUAGAAAGAACAUACGCUGUAGAUACGAUCAUAUAUAUUUUAAAUAGAAUAUUUCGAAUGCACCAAGAUGAGUUGGAUGUUGCCUGCACAACAGGCAACAAUCAAGUAAUUAUUAUUAUUGAAUUUUCACGUGGAAGAAAAACACCCAUCUCCAAAAAAGAUGGUGAUUUGGUUAAACUUUGUCGAAAUGCCAUGAGAACAUUAAAUGUAUUAUUAAAAAUGAUACCCAGGGAGCGUGCACGAAUAUACCUUCAUUUA